UCUGCUUCCUGCCUUGUUUUGCGCUUAUUUUUUCGUCCAACUACCCCAGUUUUUUUUUGUUCUUUUUUUCCCCCCAACCACUUGGCGCUUUUUUCCUUCCCCACUUUUAUUUGCUGUUUAUAUAUAAUGCGGCUGCUUUCUUUUAUAUUCCCUGCGAAACCCGUUUUGCUCCGAGAUUGUUUUCCCCCCCAAACAGCAUCCCACUGUUGUUUGUUUGCUGGUCGCUUUCGGUGAACAUGGACUAAAUUUAAAAGCCGUAUAAAUGCACCUGCCGUCGAGGAGAUACUCUGCGUUUGAAAUCGAAGAGGUGUGCGUGCCCUGGGUGCAGCCUGGCCUGUGCUGUGGUGGCGAUGAAGAACCCGGGAGCAGCGGAAAGCCGCCGGCUGGUCGUCCUGCUGGAGGCCGCCCUGGUCAGGGAGGCUCGCCUCUGGAAGGUGCCUGUCUUCAAGAACGGAUGCAUCCAGGGCGCUGACAUCUCUUCCUCCCAACACCAAGAAAUGAUCCUUUGGCUGGGAGACAUGAGCAGGCUGUUUCAGUUCUGUCCAGAGACCUUUGCACUGGGAGUGUGUGUCCUCAACCGACUGCUGUCCACUGUCAAGGCUCAACCAAAAUACCUGAAAUGCAUUGCGUUUACCUCACUGGUCCUGGCCGCCAAAAUCAAUGAGGAAGAUGAGGUAAUAGGUUCUGUCAGAGACCUGGUUGUGCAGAGCGGAUGCAACUUUUCAACAGCGGAGAUUCUUCGCAUGGAGAGGAUCAUUCUAGACAAGCUGCACUGGGACUUGUACACCGCAACACCGGUCGACUUCAUUCACAUAUUCCACGCCCUGCUCGUCUCCGGCCACCCCCACCUCGUUCCGUCCAUCGGUGUUGGCUCCGGCGUCGGCUGGGACUCGGCACCAGAGCCCGGCGUGCUUCCCUCCGGUCCGGGGCAUCAGAAGAGACCCUCAGGCCUCCAGGUGGCGUUGUGGACCAGGCAGGUGCAGCACUGUAUGGCCUGCCACCAGCUUUGGCAGUUCAAGGGCUCCACGUUGGCCUUGGCCAUCAUCACUUUGGAGCUGGAGGUGCUCACACCCGACUGGUUCUCCGUCUUUACCGACCUGCUGAAGAAAGCACAAGUCGACAGUGUUGAGUUCAUCCACUGCAAAGAGAUGGUGGAUGAGUACCUCCACAGCCUGGAGUUCUCCCUGCCGACCAACUCCGUCUACAUCUUCGACAGCACCCAGAUCCACGAGGAGGAGCAGCGCCUCGGGCGGGCUGGGAGGGGGCGAGGCGGCAAGGAGCAGGGAGACUCGGACGAGUAUUACGACGGUUUCAGGUGUCUGUACAGGGAGGAGAUGACUCCGGGUGCCGAGGGGAGCGACAUCGAGCAUUUGUUCGACGCCAAGAAAAAAGACGUCUCCCCGUGCCCGCCCUUACACCCGGCGCUCAACUAGCAGCAUUCAGUCACAACCGUCCACCUCACAGUGGAAAAGCUGCAAAGCUCUUAUAUCCAGAUGUUACUCACUUGCCAUAACAUUUCGAGACUGAUUUGGGAAAAACAAAAAAGGUCAAAUUUAGUUCUUGCCCCUUCUGUGCACUUGUCUGGGAGAGCUGUAAUGAGAUUUGAAUGUUUCUCUUUGGUGCAGAGUUAUCUGUCCAUUUAAGUUCUCAACUUCGUAAUGCUCUUUUUGUUUAUAGCCUACCUGUCCUCCACAUCCACCUCAAAUUGUUUCAACAAGUUGGAGGUAAAUGAUUACAAUUCAGAAAGGGUGUGUGUGGGUUGUUUUUUUAUUUUUUUAAUCUUUGAGAGCCAAUCCUGAUUUUGUUUGUUGUGAGGUAUCUUGGUGCUCAGGUUCCCUCCCCCAACCACAUAGCACUUUGAGAUAAAGACAAGCUUUUUUUUUUAAUGCAAAUAAUUCUAUUUUUUCAACCUUUUGUAUUAUUUUAAUCUUACUGACUUGUACUAAACAUUUUUGCUGUGCUAAAUUUUUAUUUACCAUUUAUUUACAAAAGCUACAUUUGACUUAAAAGCUUUAAUUUCCUGACUAAAUGAUGCAUACGUUAUUAUUUUAUUAUAUGCUUCAGCCUGUGUUGAUUUACUUUAUGCAACCGUUGUUACAUAUCAGACAGGAAAUGUUUGGGAGAUUAAUUCAACACUAGAGCAGAGUGACCAAAAAAUACAUUUGAAAAAAAAAAGAGGUCAUUUUGACACCAUGAGAUUAACUGAUUAGUGAUGCAGCAUUAAUGUCCUUGUUUCAAUUUUCAAUAUUUUUUAAUAUAUACUGUAUGAGAGCACCAGUGAUCUGAGGUUGAAGUAUUGGGAAGUCCAGUUUUUAUUUAGCAAAAAAUCACCUAGUUCUGGCAGCUCUGGUACUGGUUUCAUCUUGUUACUGGCGUGUAAACUGAAAUGGCAACAAAACGCAUUUCAGUUUAAGCAGCAUUUAAUUUUGGCAGAAAGAUGAGCGCGCAGUGUGUCCACAGGGACUUUACCUCCGCUGCCAAACAGUUGAAGCCCGAAGGCACACAAAAGACUUUGAUCUUCAUUUUUUUGACUUUCGGUGGCUGGAACUGUUCACUGCGUUCAGUUUCUCUAAUGUGAAGUGGUUACUGUCCGUUCUCUCAACUGUAAAGUCUGCUUCGAUUCACCAAGCCGGACCAAGCCACACAGUGACCAUUGUAUACGUUCUGUUUUAUUUCAUAUUCCUUCAGAUACUGAGGCAGCUAUAUGUUAUUGUUUUGUCAACCACAGAAAUAAAGCUAUGAUUUCAAAAGUCUA